AUGUCGUGGAGGAUUCUUGCAAGGCUGCCGGUGUGGAGAACCCCACCGGUCAUUCGGCCAAUAGGAGUCCAGAAUCGCCUCUUUCUGUCGCUCUGCCGGCCACUUCAUCGUCCAAUUCGACCUCUUGGGCGUCUACCUCUUGGUGCCUACUUCUCAACCACUCCACAUCUUCUCAAUGGUGGAGAAAGCCCACACAACCAACAACCUGUUCCCAACUCCAAAGAGGAGCCCAAACCCAAGCCAGAAAAGACUCCCAUCACCAAAGAAAUUCUUUUGAGUAGGGCCAAUAACUUUGUUUCUCGACUCAACGUGAGAUUCCGGUGGCUCUUGAAGAGAUCGAAUCGACCACUCAACACUGACGACUAUUCGGCUCUUUUCUCAUGGUUGAUGGUUGGAAAUGUGUUGGUAUUGAUUUUGGGAACCACUACAUUUGUGCUGUUGGUACUCUUCACUUUUAACACGGUGUUUGCUCAGGAAUUUGUGGCCAGGAAGCUAGGCGAGUUCAUCACAAAGAACUCCAAGUUGACCGUCACCUUCGAGCAUGCGAUUGUGCCGGGCUGGUCCGAUGGCAAGAUCUCUUUCAAAAAAUGCUUCGUUAGCAAACGCCCGAAGUCCACCACCAAGUUUCUCAAGGGCUCGCAGGCUGAAGCUUACGCCAAUCGUCUUGAACCCUCUAACAAUGAACCGGAAGAUGACGGAAAUUACACGCAGUUUGAUUUGACCAUUGAAGAGGUUAUAAUCACCUUGUCGUUCUGGAAAUGGGUCAAUGGAACCGGUAUUGUCGAUACGUUGGAGAUUAAGGGCAUUCGAGGAGUGGUGGAUAGAACACACGUUCAUUGGGAUCCUAAUGAUGAUGCUACAAACUAUAAGAACGUGCAUCAUGUGGGAGACUUUGAAUUCAAUUCGUUCACUAUGGAGGAUGUAUUGUUCACUUUGCUCCAACCUAACGACUUCCGUCCUUUUAAUGUAGCCAUCUAUAAUUGUGAGCUUCUGAAGCUCCGGAAACAUUGGCUCUUUUACGACUUCCUUAAUGCCAACAUCAUGAGUGGUUCUUAUGAUAAUUCGCUAUUUACCAUUCACAAACGCCAACGUCUCAAUGACUUCGAUGAUGUCACCAUGCCUCUCGAUGUGACCGACUCGACGGCCGCAUUGCCAUGGAAACGAGUUAACAGACUUCGUGUGGAUUCAUUGAAUCUUGACCACUUGAAUAGAGGCUUGGAAGGACCCUUCGGGUGGAUCUCAGAUGGUAAGGUUGACAUGAUUGGUGAUGUGAUGGUACCUGAGGAAUCUCAAGACCUCAACGUUGCGGAGAUUGUCAAAAUCAUUACCCAUUCCAUCCACAAAGAGGCUACCAGGUACCGUAAUCCGGAAGUGAACAUUACCAAGCAGGACCAUAUUUCCCGUUUAACCAAAGCGGCGGAUUCCGAUGUAACUGACGCCACCAUCGACUCGCACGAUAUUCUGAAGUACUUCGUGUUGGACUUGACAAUUAGGUUGAAUAAUGUGAGGGCUCUGGUCCCCUUCAAAGCCCCAGAGCUCUCCUAUGUGAAUUACGCAUUGAUCCGACCCAUUGUGGCCUACAUCAACCUGAGAAAUGCAUUUAUUGAGAUAAAGAGCCGGGUGGUGAAGAACAUUGAAGACUUCAGUGGGUCGUGGACCGUUUAUGACUCUCUUUUAAUGGACGACAUUUCGGAGGAGGUUUAUGACGGAUUUGUCAACUACGUUGCAGACGACGAGGCACGGCUCAUGCGUAUGCGGAAGGUAGCCUUCUGGUCGAUGCAAUUGCUUGUGCAGCUUGUUGUUCUUGGGCUUGGAGCCUUAACUUAA